AUGUCGCCUUUGAAGCGCCCAAGUGACGAUGCCGAGCAUGAAGACGGACGUAGAGCUGCUCCUGGGCGCACACCGAGGAUACGGGCCUGUAAGCUAGCAUGGACAACCUCCCCCUCAAAAAGAAAAAAAAAAGAAAAAGCGAAACAGUUUGCUGAUCGAACAGGCGCUGAGUGCAAAAGGCAUAAGAUCAAAUGCGAGCCAGUCGACAACGAGAUCAAGUGUGCAAAAUGUCUGCGAAGUGGCACGGAAUGUGUACCCUACAACAUGAACCAGCGUCUCCUAGACGAGGAUGCUGCAUGGAAAUCCAACGCGACUGCAGAAAUAGAACAGCUUCGUUCAGCGGUGCAAUAUCUCCUACAGCACAACAAACUGCCAGCCCUGGAACGUCUCAAGGAAGAGUCACCUCCCCAUCCAGAUUCCGGACACCACGUGAACAUUAGUCCCACCAAUAUGACCAACGACAGUAACCAUCUCGUUGUUCCCGUCGCGCCCAUGGACAUGACGCGAGAAACCUCGGUCGAGCAUGAAUCGGGUGAAGAGUCGGAUCUGGUGACCGCCCCCAUGCGAAGUCUGUAUGAUCUCACGCGAAUCCGUAACCUCCGCAGCAGUGUGCGCUGGAGACCCAACUCAAAUUCGGUAGAGGAGGACUUCAUUGCUCAAGGCAUUGUGCCUCUCCACGAAGCCGAGGAUCUCUUCAAACGCUACAUGCAAGACAUUCGGCUCUACCUUUGGGCGGGCGUCUUGUUCCCCUACGACACGCUGGACGGAGUUCGCCGAAGCUCCAAGCUUCUGACAGCCGCCGUCCUCACCAUUGCAGCUCUCCACACACCAGGCCGAGAUGAAGCAUUGCAAAAAUGCUACAACAUCUUCGUCUCGCUGACGUAUGGUGCCUGUCUUUCACGCCCCCAGAAUCUCGACGACAUACGAGCCUUGGCUCUUGCGGCCUUCUAUCUUUCCAACCUCAGUUGGAAGCUCUCUGGUCUGGCUGUACGAAGCGCAGUCGAGAUGAACCUGCAUCAGUCCUACCAGAAGCUGAUGCGAGGACACGAAGGACAGCGGGACAAUGUGCGUCUUUGGUAUGCUUUGUAUGUGUGCGACCACCAAUUCAGCAUCGCCUACGGGCGUCCACCAAUCAUUCACGAGGAUGUCGCUGUCAAGAACAUUGAACACUUUCUCGACAGUCCCAAGGCCAAACCCGGAGAUAUCAGACUAGGCGCCCAAGUCACGCUCUUCAAGAUACUCACAGAGGCCUACAUCGCCUAUGGCAGCGACCCAGAACAGCCGCUGACCGAACCGGACUUUCAGCAACUACGGCAGUUCAACUUUGCAAUCGAGCAAUGGCGGCUAGCAUGGCAGUCGAGGUCAGCUGAUAGUCCAUCCAUUGGCUCCUAUCCAUCCAAGGGCGUGGUGCUUUACUAUCACUUUGCACGCUUCCAACUCAACUCCCUAGCGCUCCGUGCGCUGCCUGCACCAAAUGCCACAACUUCAGAGUCCUUGUCCUACGACCGGCGAGAGGCCGCCAACAUUGCCAUCACAGCCGCCACAAGUACCCUCACCCUCAUCUUUGAGGAGCCAGAUCUUCGCAAAGCGAUGACUGCAGUACCCAUCUUCACACACACCAUGGUCGCUUUCUGCGCCACCUUUUUACUGAAAAUGGCAAAGACAUGGGGCGGCAUGGCCCAAGCGCAUUCACCAGAAUGGGCCACAGAGCCCAUUGGUCUCGGUCUGAACUUUAACAUCUCACAAGUCCUCUCCUUGUCCAGACGAUCUUCAAGCUUCCUCGCAAAGGUUGCUGAGAAUCUCAAUGAAAAACACAUUACGCGACAUAUCGUCCACGGCAUCAACGACCUCUUGAAGCGUCUCGACGUCGUCGGAACCCCCUCUGCUACCUCCAACCACAUCAUGGCCCAGGGCCUCUCCACAGCACACACCCCAGGCCUCCUGUCCACAUUAAACACGGCGCCUGCUACCAAUGGCGACCCCACCAACGACUACAACAUGUACGAUCUGAUAGGCUCUUAUGGCUUUGGCUUCGACGAGACCUUCCUGGGCCAAGUUGCUUCGACGAAUCUUGAUUUCUGGCAGACGGAUCCGUUUUGA